ACUCGGCACAGCAUUGAAAUUUGUUUCCACUAGAGCUACCAUUCUUAUGUACGAAGUCAAUAUGGUGGCAGUAAAAAUAUAUAGACUAUAGAAGAGAUCCCAGUUUGAAGCAGGUGCGUGUCUCAGGUGAUUGACGUCAACAGGCACGGACGCGCUGAAGAUGUUAAUUGAGAGGCCGCAAAAAGAUUCGUCAAACAGGAGUCAGGUGACUAUUUUUGACAAUGGUAGCCUCGCCAGUUGUACUCAUCCGUGCCAGAAGACAAAGAUGAAGGCCGCCGGCAGUCACGGCUUCCUCAGAUUUUGUGUGCUGUCGUGUUUCUUUUUGUUGCCGGCGUUCACGUGCGCGGCCGAUAAGAUGGCUUUUUCCCCGUCACACCUCGGGGUGUUGGCGACAGAACAGAGUCGCCGAAAAAGCCACCCGAAACAGAGAAGCCCCAACACUAACGCGUUCUCUAAAAGACAAAUGGAGGACCAAAGUCUGCAGUUCAUGUGGAGUCUGUAUAGGAAAGCGGCCAAUGUAGAUGGCAGGCCGAAACAACGCAACGUGUUUGGGUCCAACACCGUCAGGUUGAUUCGUGCGUCCGUCACCGGCAAGCGCUUCCAUUCCUCACCAAAUGACCUGCUGUAUACUUACACUGUGCAAUAUGAACUGGAAAACCUCCCAUUAAGCAAACUAAACAGGGCAUCUUUCGUUCACCUGAGAUCACCGGUGGCAUCGUACCCUCCGUUUAUGUGUGAGGCCAGAAUCUCCUCCUUGCAACAUGCUAAUGAUACCGAUGUUGUCAUUCUGGGCCCUCAAAGCAUGUGGACUGAAUCAGAUGUCACAUCCCAUCUGUCUCUGUUGAAAGGCAGCCUGUUUGUCCUCUAUGUUCAGUACAAGUGUUGGGAAUCUAGCCCGGUUCAUUCUGUCGUAAGAUACAGAACACGCAAGAGACAUUUCCCACCACAAAACCACUUGAGAGCCCCUGCAUUGCUUCUCUUCUUGGAAGAAGAAGAAGGGCAUCCUAUGGAAUGGGCAAAGUAUGUCAAAGCCACUUCUCACACUGGCUCAAGGUCACGCCGGUCCAAAGAACCUGGCAGCAUCAGUUCUGACAUACCCAACUACAAGUGGGCAAAAAACAGUGUGGCCAAGAACCAGUGCAAGCUCCACUCUUACCGUGUGACCUUCCGUGACCUCGGCUGGGACCACUGGAUCAUUGCGCCCCCUAUGUACAACCCUCGCUACUGCAUGGGUGACUGUCCACGCAUCCUGCACUAUGGCUACAAUUCACCCAACCAUGCCAUUGUCCAGACUGUCAUCAGUGAGCUCGGCGUUGCUGACAUCCCACUGCCAUCCUGUGUGCCUUACAAAUACAAACCUAUCAGCGUGCUGAUGAUGGAAAAGAACGGCAGCAUUGUCUAUAAAGAAUAUGAGGACAUGAUUGCAGAAUCCUGCACCUGUAGAUGACUGUGGGUUUAAAAUUCAACUGGAUAUUAAAGAAAUGAAUAAAAUGAACUUGUAGCAAUUCUGCCACCACUUUUGACCAGCUGCUGCCAUCUGCUGAUUCUUUGUGAAGGUAUGCUACUGGUGUCUGAAGGAAUUAUUGCCUGAUGCAGAUAGAUGGGUUAAAAGCCACCAACUGUGACAAAUGUUCUUUUUUUUUUUUUUUUUUUUCCUUCAUUUUUUUAAACUUAUUCAUCCUUCUUUUUCUGUGUUUGUGUUUGUCUGUGUGCCUUAUUCAUGUGUUCGUUAUAAUGAUUAUGGGGAAAGGAAAAAAAUUAUAGGUUUUUUUUUCCAUAUUGGACUAUUUCAUAUUACAUGUUUGCACUGAUAUAACUGUUGAAAAGUUCGUUCAAAAAAAAAGGAAAAAAAAAAAAGAUUUUUUGAAAAAGAAAAAAGGUCCAUGAAGAGAAGUUUUGUGGUGUCUUCUUAGAUCAACCUGUAUGUGUGUCUGUCUGUGUGUGUUUGGCUGGUUGGACAUAAUAGAUAACUACUGCUGCUGUUUCAGAUGCUGCUAUUGUGCCCUCUUUUGGAAAGGAUGCAUUUAGCACACAAGGAAAGGGGACAUUUUUCUUGAGUGUCCUUUAUCUGUAUGAAAUAUGUGCAUAUGGUUUAAGGAGGAGAGAAUUUCAUAGACAUGUUUCUUAAAUAGGGAUUGAAGAGAUUAAUCAUGAUAUGAAAUGAUUGUUUUAGAACUGUUGAGAGAUUAAAUAAAGAGCAUAUUUUGUAAAAAAAAGAAAAAAAGCCUUUUUCAUUUUUCAAUUAAAGUUAAAUCAUGUCAUAAUUUCCAGCUUUUAGUACUAAUAAUUCUGCUUUUUGAAGGUAGCUUUAUUUAUCCAGGACUGUGUAGUCUGUUUCUUUACCCAAUUCACUAACUUGUCUUUAAAUAAUGGAAGCACCUUUAUGGGGAACCAUAAAGCAUAUAAAAUGGCUGGCCCCAUUGAUCUGUCAGGUGGCAGUCACUUCCAGACACAGUGGUGGUCUGGGCACGUUAUCCUCUGCACUGGACUGGGUAAUGGUGGCUCAACGGUUACAGCUCUGGCUUACUGACAAGAGGGUCAAUGGGUCAAGCCCCAGCACUGCCAAGCUGCCACCGUUGGGCCCUUGAGCAAGUCCCUUAAUCUUAUCUUUACCAUAUCAUCUCCAGGGGUUCUGUAUAAUGGCUGACCCUGUGCUCUGACCCCUGCUUCCUAACAAGCUUGGAUAUGUGGAAAAAGUAUUUCACAGUGCUGUAAUGUAUAUGUGACAAAGAAUUCUUCUUCUUCUUAGAAGCAGGUAGAUUGAUGGGUUUAUUAAUAUGCUGCUGUGUUAAUACCAUUGGCAUAGUUUGGCUAUACAGCGCAACAUACUUGUACACCAGUCCUGAAUGCAGACAUUGCAUACUGAAAGAGAAUGCAUGCAAUUAAUCUGUCUCACUUGUGCGGCUGUAAUAAUGACCAACAGAAAAGCUGUCUGAAGUGAAAAGCACUUUAUAUUCCCAUUUUCCAUUGGUGCAUUUGGCACAAACUUUAACACCAAGAGACAUUUCACACCACGGUGAAACGUUCCACUUGCUUGCAUGUAGCCAAUGUAUAAAUGGAGCACACACAUUCAUAAGAGUCUAAUCCACUGUGUACGUGCAAGUAUGCAGGAGUUGCUUCCAGGGGCCAGGCUCUGCUGUGCCACUGUGACCCAUGCAUUUGAGACAACAGAUCAGUCAGUAUAAUCUGAUGGGUAUCAAACACAAAACACCCAUCAGUAACAUUAACAUGUGGAACAACACAGCUUGUAUAGUCUGUCUGAUGUGCUACAGUGUCACCCAUGUUAGCAGCAGCAAUGCUUGAAAAGCAUACAGCUAUAGAUUUGUACAUCUUCUGGCCGUAAGCACCUGUGUGAUCCACACUGGACAGUGAAGUUGUCAACAUCCUUCCUUGUGAAUUUGCCAAUCCAUGUGGCGCAGGUGUACAUCCUCUGUCUGAUGCAUCAGCCCAGGAAAAGACCUGUUGUUUACCUACAGUAGUGAGGUAUGGCUAUACAACUGGUAAUUUGUUAAUAUGCCAACUGCAGUGUCCCCACAGCUCAAUAUGUCCCUCAUUCCAUGUUAAAUAUUAUUUGUUCAUUUGUGACAAUUUUCAUGAAAUUUGCUGUAUUAGUUUCAUUUCCACCAGCAUGUUGGCCUUUAGAUUAUACAAACAUCAGAGUACAACCAGAAUUUUAAAAAAAAAUUGUCAGUUCUUUGCAUACCUUGUACCAGUGAAUGUAGAGAAUCUGUCCUGGUUUGUAUUUCUGGCUCAUUUCUGUUUCAGCAUGUGUAAGCCAACCAAGCAUUUUGUUGAAUGCUUAAAGAUGGAACUAUGGAAAAGAUGGAAUAAUGUCAUGAGAUUGUGUAUUAUUGAUUAUAAUGUAUCUUUUUAUAAGAGCAACACAUCUGGCCACGAUGUUAAUUAUUUUAGACUCUUAUUUUAAGAAUAAAUUACAAGCUACCACUAGUUUACGGUCAACAGCUGUAGCAAUAUUCCAAUUUAAAAUCUCAUAUUUGCUUGCUGUUGUCCAGACAGCAGCAGGUAAAUCAUUUGUUUCUCUGAAUAAACAGUUAAAUCAUUUUCUCUGAAAUUGGUCUGGUCCAGGACAGAUCUUUUCUCUUCUUUGGCAGCUGUUCUAGUUCCUGUUGGGACAGUGUACUUUUUUUUUUUUUUUUUUUUUUUUUUUUUUUUUUCUUUUUCCCUGCAAUCUGAUGAGUCCUUGCCAAGAUUCUCAAAAUGGUGCCAGAAGUUUGUGGCCCUAUGGCAAAAGAGAUGAUUAUAUAUAAGGUUGGGCUACAUAUAAUGUAUCUAAAUUCAGCAAAAAAAAAAAAGAAACGUCCUCUCAUGUGUAAAUAUUUGUAUUAACAUAAAAAUAUUCAACAACAGACAUAAAUUGAACAAGUUUCACAGACAUUUUGACGAACAGAAAAGGAAUAAUGAGUCCCUGAAAAAAGCGGGUGGUCAAUAUCAAAAGUAGCAGUCAGUAUGUGGUGUCCUCCAGCUGCUUUAAGUACUACAGUGCAUCUCAUCCUCAUGGACUGCACCAGAUUUGUCAGUUCUUGCUGUGAGAUCUUUCACCGCUCUUCCACGAAGGCAUUUGCAUUUUGUUUGCAGUUGUUUGAUAUCCACGAGAGCGGAGUAUUUUUAUGAACUAUUUCAACAAAAGAUCAAAAGGUUAAACACACAUUUUCACAGCCGCCUGUGCUCAAAUUUACCAAGGGUGCCAAUAUUUGUGGAGGGCGCUGUAUCGUUCAGUAUCUGGUGUGACUCGAUUGUGCAGCAAUAACUGCAACUAUAUGUUUCCGUUAACUGUUCAGUCCUGCAAAUCGGCUUGGAGGAAGUUUAGCCCAUUCCUCAGUGCAGAACAGCUUCAACUCUGGGAUAUUGCUGGGUCUCCACAACACUUCUAUUGAAUUAAGGUCGAGACUUUGACAUGGCCAUUUCAAAACAUUAACUUUAUUUUUCUUUAACUAUUCUUUGGUAGAAUGACUGGAGUGUUUAGGGUUGUUGUCUUGCUUCAUCACCCACUUUCUCUUGAGAUUCAGUUCAUGGACAGAUCCUGACAUUUUCCUGUAGAAUUUGCUGGUAUAAUUCAGUAUUCAUUGCUCCAUCAAUGAUUGCAAUCCGUCCAGGCCCAGAUGCCACAAGACUGACCCAAACCAUGAUACUACCAUCGCCAUGUUUCAUAGAAAUAAGGUUCUUAUGCUGGAAUGCAGUGUUUUCCUUUCUCCAAAAAUUCUCUUUUGAUUUCAUCAAUCCAUAAAACAUUUUUCCAAUAGACUUCUGGCUUGUCCCCAUGAUCUUUAGCAAAGUGCAGAUGGGCAGCAAUGUUCUUUUUGGGGAGCAGAGGCUUUGUCCUUGCAACCCUGCCAUGCACGCCAUUGUUCUUCAGUGUUCUCUUGAUGGUGGACUCAUCAACAUUAACAUUAGCCAAUGUAAGAGAGGCCUUUAGUUUCUUAGAUGUUACCUUUGUGACUUUGUGGACUAUUACACAUCUUGA